UCUGAAGGUGUAAGCUGGGGGAAAGGGGAAGUGUCCCUGCCCUGCUGGGCGCCCACUACCGCCGGCUGAGGGGCUGCUCUCGUCCUGGGCCUGGGGGUCCCUCUACACCCGCUACCCGUCCUCCCUCGGCUGGAGGCCGGGCCCUGUCCCGCUAUGGAUAAAUAUGAGGUGCUGGAGCAGCUCCAGCCUGGGGCACUGGGCACUAUGCUGGUAGCUGAACUGAAAACAGAAAAGGGUGCAGAGAAGAAAUAUAUAAUAAAGCAGGUUGAAUGCAUUGAAGAAAAGCAAGCAAAUGAGGCCUUGAAGGAGGCAAUGGAUUUGCUAAAACUUCAUCAUUCAAACAUCUGUGCUUACAAGGAAUUGUUUGUGACUUGGGAUAAUGAGAUAUCAUCUCUGUUCCUUUGUCUGGUAAUGCAGCACUCAGGCCAAGGAGAUCUUUCAUCUGUAAUCGAGGAAAAAAGGCAGAAGUCAGAAAAAAUAACAGACAUGGUGAUUCUGAAGUUCCUGGGACAGAUGGUGGAUGCUUUGUUUUAUAUACACAAACAAAAUAUUUUCCACAGAAAUCUCAAGCCAUCAAACAUACUUGUGACUGGUGAAGCGUCCUUCAUGCUUAGUGACUUCAGUACAGAAACACUUAUGACAGAUGAGAUGAAAUGGAAAAUAAGAGUGGAAGAAAAUAGCAAGUCUUGGAUGGCUCCAGAAACAUUUGUUUUUUCUUUUACUGAGAAAUCUGACAUCUGGUCUCUAGGUUGUAUUCUACUUGACAUGACAACCUGCUCUGUUCUGAAUGCAGAAGAGAUAACUUCAUUACUGCAGGAUAUUAGACAGGAUACCAGCUGUCUUGAGGGAGUUCUGACACUAAUGCAAAAUGGAGAUAACAGCUCUUUGCCUUUAUUUCCAAUUUUAUUUAUGAUGCUACAGAUUCAGCCAAGCAUGAGACCCACAGCAAAGGAUCUGACUGAUGUUCCAUUUAUUAGGGAAUGCCUGACUGUUGUUGGUGCCUCUUCAGUAAAACUGAAAAAGUCUUUGCCUCCCAAAAUAAUAGAUGUGCUCCUUGAGGGAGGAAUUGAAAGUGUUCUAGAAUUCAUGCAGGCUUUCUGGGAUAUAGAAGAAGUACAGGCUAAAGCCAUUCAGCACCUUGCCAGCUUUGUAAGAGAUAAAAGUGCGCUGCCCUAUCUGCUAACAUUCAUAGAAUUGAUAAUUUUUGCCAUGAAGACUCAUGUAGAUUCUCUCAAGUUACAAGUAGACGGCUGCAGUUUAUUGCUUGAAAUUUUUAGUCAAGCUCUAGAACAGGAUGCGGUGAUGGCCCUGGAUGAGAAUGUGACCAGCUCUCUGUUAGACACAGUGAGAAAACACUCUGAAAAUGAAGAGUUACUUUCAUUGGUCUGCACAUUAUUGAUGAUGAUUUCAGCGAGCGAAGUUGCUGCAGAGAAUCUAGGGAAAGUUGGAGUACUUCCAGACCUUCUGUCAAUUUUAAGAAAUUUUCUUCAUAAUGAAAAGAUCUGCCUCUCGUGCUGUGGAGUUCUCUGGAGCUUGGCUGUGAGUGAGAAUAAUGUAGACCAAGCAUUGCUGAAAAGUGCUGUCCCUCUUACCUCCGCGGUCCUUCAAGAGCACCUCCAGAACGGAACAGUUACAGAGUCUGCUUGCUCAGCUCUAUGGGCAUUGUCACUCCAAGGUUGCUUAACUGAAAAUGAAUAUGAGCCCACAACAGUGCUUCUGCUGGAUGCUCUCAGGAUGAACCCAGAAAGACCAGUGCUGGUGAAGAAUGCCUGCCUGGCAUUAGCAAGCCUUCUAAGGCUAUCUGAAAUAUCAGCUUUGAGACUUAUAAUGGAUUCAAAAGGCAGUGGAAUAAACCUCAUCAAAGAUGCCUACCACCUUCACUUCAAAGAUCCAGAAGUGGUGGAAGAUAUCUGUAUGCUGAUUAACGAGAUGGUUCAGUAUGAUGAUGUUGUGCUGGAUAUGCUGUCCCAGAAAAUGGACGAACUGCUGUCUGAAAUAAAAAGCCGUUUUCCAUCUAGCAUGGAGAUAAUGACCCUUGUGGAUGCAACGCUUUUGAAACUGCAGAAGUAAAAGAAAAACUUUUUG